CUAGCUCGGAUGAAGAACCUUACCUCCUCUCGUAGGGUUACUCCGCCCUUUGGCUGCCGAUUUCGUUUGUGUUCCAUGGCAGGCGUCCUCUGUUCGUCGACUGGCAAUCAGUUACCACCCCUUGACCGGAUUGGAUCGAGCUGGAAAGCAUUCCUUUCAAGUGGGAAGAUCAGCUACAAUCUACUACAUAAGGUGGCAGCAGAUAGAAUUGUGCUGGAAGAAGCUAUGCUACCCCUGACUCUCAACCUGGAACAACAACCAUGGCAUUCUCUCCUAGAUCACUGAGUUUCAUUGAUGACAAAAAAACGGGCUUUCCUCAAACGAUUGGAACAAGAAUAGGUUCUUCUCUCUUUGAAUCGUAUCAUCCAUGGCGCCGAUAUAAGAUCACGGCCGCAUUUAGGAAGGAUCUUUCCCUCUAACUAAUAAUUUCAUAUCAUAAGAGAAGAAAGAUCGUAGCCUAGAGAGAGUCUACAUAAGGUGCUUUCGGGUUCUAAUUGUUUUUCUUCUCCUUUCUCACGUUCACGCUUUAUAAACAAACUGACUAUUGGCUAUGGUCAGUAGAAAAAGAAGUUCUCUUCCAUGCAUCGAGAUUGGGUAGGUGUUCAGUGUACCUGAAGAUUUUUAUUGGUAGAGUACAAAAGCUUUCCCUUCAAUAGCCUUAGG